UCUAUGAUCCAAGAAAGUACAAGGAGAAGAAAAGCUGAUUAAUUCGAUUAAACGAUUAAAAGACUUAGCGCCCUGCACAAGCAAUCCUUGGAUUCGACCUCGACGUUGUCAACGACGCCUGUCCUCAUCUAAGCGCUCGUCCAACCGAGAGUACUGCGUCUUCAAUGCGGUAUGCGAACAGUCCUUUCGCGGCCCUUCGCGCCCCUUGAAGGAUAAAGAGAAAAGAGGAGAGAUGACGAGGGAGCCAUGAGCACCGCGGACACCGCGCUGUCAAUCUCGAUCAAGAUGGCCCCAGGGCCGGAACAUCGUCAGGAACCGGUAGCUCCUGACAAGAUCGCUGAAAGCGACCGUGCCGCCGACGCCGCCGCCGCCGCCGCUGCUGCCGCCGAUGUAGUUAUCGAUAUAGAGAACGUCAACGCCGUAUCGACGUCCGGUAGCAGCAACAGCAACAAUAAUAACGACGACGACGUCGCCGUAGCCGCCGUCGCCGUCGCCGUCAUCGCCGCGGAGCAAAGUUCGAACAUCGAGAUUGCUCCGGCUAAUUUUGCCGCUGGCGCCGCCGAUUCGAUCAGCCAAAGCUCACCGCUGAACAGCGGCGCCGACAGCAAACAGGAAGAACCAGCAACCCUAUCUAUGCUAAAUGAUAACGAGUUACGUGCUUUACUGGACGAAGCUAUAACGUACAAGUGUCCAAAAGAUCGGGAAGGAAAGUCUACUCUUUUUAAAGAACUUUUGCAAGAAGCAGAAGCGGACGAGACUGAAGAAGGCCGUAGAGUGAUAUCUAAUUCACGCUGUCUUCCGGGCUCAAAUCGUAGAAGACAUAAACGGGAAUCUGUGUCCGAACGUUUGACACAUGGCGGAUCAUUGCAAAAUUUAGCGCAACCUUUAGCUUCGGAAUUUGACAGUAGUUUUGCUUAUCUAGCAUCCAGUUCGUGUCAUACUUACGGAAGCAACAGGAGAAAGAACAAAAAGUAUACAGGACCUAGUGUCUCUGCCAGACAGAGAGAAGGUGGAUCGUUACCGUCGAAUGUGAAUGCAUCGCAUAACCUAGCUUCUUUGGCUAAUUUGGAUCUAAUAUUUGAUAAAAAGAAGAGCUUCUGUGAGGAACGGUCAGCUUAUGACUGGACCAAUAAGGAAAAAUCCAAGUCUUUAGAUAAACCAUCGUAUACCAGUACAAAGAAAGAGGAAAAAGAGAAAGAAAAGAAGGAACUGAAAAGAGACACUGCUAAUAGUUCAGUUGAGGCAGAGUCCGAAACACGAGAGAAACGAGUUAGCAAAGGAAAAUACGGAACAAAUGAGAUGCUGGAGUCGGAUAAUCCACCCCCUGAAUAUAAAUCGGAUUACAUGGUCAUUGACUUGGGCGAUGUUGAGGUAGGUGCUAUUAGUGAAAGAAGUGUGGGAUCUACGGCAAGUGGGAUUCAGAGGCCUCGCUCGUUAGACACUGAAAAUGACGAAGGGACCGAAUUGAAAAUAAUCGAACCGCGCAAACCGAUCCAUUAUGUCACACGGGCAACUUUCGAUAUAGCACAGACACCUGUGGACACUACUAUAGAGUUUCCUAUACGUGAUCAUAAGCAAGAGAAAUCAAAAAUGUCUGUUAAUGGUACAGAAGUGACUGGGGCGUUGUUUCAACCGCACAACAGUGUAAAAUGUGGUAUAGGUGGGGCUUCAAACGGUUCCAGUACUAGCCAAAGUAAAAUCGUACCCAGUUUAUGCUCCGUGAUGCCGGCGUCUUGGCAAACGCAGAAUAUAACAAUGGAAGGUCCAAGGUAUACAACGCAGCACAUCACGAUGAAGGAUCCAUCCGUGUCGGGAGAAAAGAAAUCGUUGGAUGAAAAUGGCAACGCUGUACAGACUUACAACGGUGAACGGAAGAAGCCCAGGAGGAAACAUACUCAGGAACACAAUGUCAAAGUUUAUAAUGCCGAAAACGUCGAAGGCCAUCGUAACGAGGAUAUCGACAGUCUAAUUAACUUCAUCGAGAACAAAGAAUCCAAGAGCAAAAAGGGAAAGACCGGUAAUCCCGUUAGAGUGAAAACCAGCUCUGGGACAAAACCGAGAACUAGAGAGAAGGAUACAAAGAGGGAACAAUUGCCUUCCAAGUUAAAGAAGUCUAAUUCCUUAGAAGAAAUCUCGAAGACAAAAUUGGAGGAUCUCACGACGGAGAAGAGUCCCAGCUCCAGUGGUGCCAGCAGCGUAUCCAGUCAACACGGAGUAAAUAUAGCAUUACGACGUCCAAAACAAAGAAGCACCGGAGAUGCGACAGUUGAUAGUCGAGGCGACAGACGAUCCUGGGGGACAGAGGAAGGUCAAUCGAUAUAUUGCAACGAUACGGGGGAGGAUUACACGAGUCGCCGUAAUUCCAAUAAAAAGAUUAAUCCGGAACCGGAACACGAGACAGAGUUUCUGGUAGUUACGAAAAAGAAAAAGGCCAAAAAACAGAGAAGAAGCUCCAGCGGUAGUAGAGCGCCAAACCUAACAACAUCGGGAUCGUACCUCCAAAAUUCCCGAGGAUUCUCUAACGACUACAGAACGCCUCUCUCUCCUGAACUCCGAAGAAAAUCGGCUAGCAGUAUGCCUCCGAGCGACAAGUCGGCGGAUAGUAGCGACUUAGAUUCGGUCCAUUCAUUACCAGUUACAUCAAAUACCUCGAAGCACAAUUUGUCCAAAAUCGCAGCAUCGUCGGGCGGCACUCCGCAAGCGAGUUACGCGGAUAUAACGCGCAUGGCUAUAUCCAAUAUCAACAUGUCGACUAAUCUGACUAUGUCCGCUAUGCUAAACACGUCGUCGUGGCCCAGUGUUCCGCCUAAGACUUUUUCGGAACCAGAUAAAGUGCCUCAAGAUUAUUAUCCGAGUUUAGACGAAUUGCAGCACCCGGACAGGAAAGCGAGACAGCAACAGACACAAUCGAACCACGCAGCAACAAGUUUGAGUCUGGCUUUCGAAAAGCCGCUUUCGCCGACUUUGGCGAAAAUGAAAAGUUCGUCGGAUAGGAAGAAAGCUGAGGCUCAGGAAGAGGCCAUCAAUAAGAACAUCCAAGUCUUCAAAUACGUGCAAGACAUCGAGAAAAUGCAUGAAAGCCUAACACAAGCAUCCGACCACAAGGAACAAAAAAACAUGACUCCUAGCAAUUACAGUCCGAAUUCGAACGAGACUAUUGCGACAAACGCUGUAACACCAAGAUAUAAUAAUAACAAUAGUACAACGAUGAAUUAUAAUCCAAUCGACACUGAUAACAAUCCUAAUUGCACCGUCAACAAUAAAGAUUGUGUUACACUUCCAAGAGCCAAUAAUUCUCGCUCUCGUAGGAAUUACGUACACAGUAAUCAAAAUAUACAAACUCAGGGAUCACACGAGGAACAGCACAUGAAAAAGCCUGCGUCUUCUUAUCACGAGGAGGUGAUUAAGAAAUCGCAUAAUAUCGACACUCCUCCGCAGUCCGAAAGUAGGGCUAAUCCAACGAUCGUAUCGCAUGAUUGCGCGGACGCGCAAAAGUCGAAGACUGCGAAACCCAUGCAGGAUUCGCAGAGCGGCGAGCCCGAAUGUAGCAAUAACAAGACUACCGGCGGUGAAUCGAGGACAGCGAGGGUUACGAAAGAGUAUCAAAAUACCGCGAUGAAGCACGACGCGGUCAAAGUGGUAGUCUCUCAGUCGCAGAACUCGAAGCAAGACAAUCAACAGCGCGACGAGACGGAGAGCAAGAAGACGAAGUCACCGAACGCGCAGUCCGAGAAGGAUCACCCGCAGAGAUCGUCCGUGGAGACGCAGCAGAUGAAGAGUUCGACUCCUAGACCGGCGGUGAUCCUCUUAGACGAGACGUCCUCGGACAUCGCGAAGAACAACAAUCUACCGACGGAGCUCACGUUCGGUUUCGAGAUAAACGAACUGUUGCUCUCGGAAGAUAACGGCAACGAGGAAACCCCGACGGUCGCGGCGAAUCCUGUCUUUUCCCCGACCGUACCGCCGCUCAUCAACAAGCCACCGCCCAACAAUUUCGGGAGGAAUCCACCGUUGUUCGCCGAGAAACCUGUGAGAUACGACAAGUUCUCGAAUUAUCAUAUGCAACAGCCGAACGCUCACGUGACGCCUAUGCAUCCAGUCAUGGUUCAACCGUUACCGUACAUGGGCUAUCCUACCAGAUUCGCGCCGCCUACAUAUCUGCCACCGCCGCCUCCACCGCCACCCGGAAUCAUAGAGAAAUUUCAUCCGCCUAAGGAAGACUUCUCUAUGCUUUACGUAGCGCCCGAGGAAGAGUUGAACGUGCAGACCUACAAUCACGAUAAGAUCGUGUCGUUUGUUGGCUUAGCAUGGGACGCUGUCAUGAAAGAAAUGCCAGUGCCCGGUCGUAUACAGUUCUACAGCGGACAGUGAAGUGAAAAAGUUUUUCAUCGUGUCGAAGGAAAUGGACAAUUUAUGUAGUGGUCAAUCACUUCCAUUACAAAUAGCUCGAUGAGUCUCGAUCACGUUGGAGACUCAAGUACUUGUAUGUGUUGCGUGCACGGUUGCUCUUCUCGAGACGUAAAGUUCGUUCGGACAAUUCUGUCCGUCUUACUUUGAGAGUCAAACGCGCAAGAUCGAUGGAGCCGAAUGGUGCAAAGUGUGCCUCAAGAGAUAAUAAUAGCAAUGUACAUAUAACCAAGUUGACAGGAGACUGUAGAAGAAGGAUAAAGUAUAUAUUCCAGCAAUGUACAUUGUACUUGCAUAAAUUUCCAACGAUUGUGACAGUGUCGCAGAACUUCAGUAUUGACAAUUAGGAACUUUCGGUCGAAAAAUAUCUCUUUGCUGAAAGAGGGAGAGGGGGGGAGAGAGAGAGAGAGAGAAAGAGAAAGAGAGAGAGAGAGAGAUGUAUCCUGUUUCUUUGAAUAAAGGGAACUUCCAGCGUACAAGUCACGCGUGUAUAUACAUUAGACAUCUCUAUAAAUUUUUAAAGAUUGUCUUGAUUUAUAUGGGUGUACGAUAUUAAGAAGUGCUUAAAGGAUAAUGCUACAAAGACUUGUAAUAACCAGAUCUACCAUAAAGCGAGUCUUGAGUGGAAAAAGUCCAACAGCAGUAUCUCCUGGUGCCUUUGGAGCUGCGAAUCUUUAGGCGAAUCAAUGGGGAAAUUAUCUAAGAAGCCUGCACUAAUCACAUCGAGAAAUCUAUGAGAAGCACUGUAAAACAUCUGUAAGUAGUUUUGAGCUCGUGAUGAAACGAUUUAAGAUGGAACGAUCUUGCAUUCUUAAAUCGAUCAUCAUGGAAGAUCAACGGUGAUUGGUGAGUCGAAAUACGAUGAUGGUUAAAAUGUAUGCACAGUUAACGUACUUUACUCGAUAAAUGCAAAUUUAAGAUGUGCGGACUGUAAAUCAGAAAAAUGUAAAUGCGUGGUUGUGUAAUAUAUUGAGAGAUAGUUUGGUUGACUUAGAACUCAGAGUGGCUACUUCUUCCAAUCGUGGAGCACAUUCGAUAAUUUAAAAUAGUAAGGGGGAAAAAAAAAGGUCACUACCUGGGUUUCGAAGAUGUCAAAGCAAGCUCAAAGUCUGGUCAUAUGUCUGUGAAGAUAGAAUGCUGAAUAUUCGAAAAAAACAUUAAAUUUUUACACAGACUUGCUUAUUUAAUAAAAAAAAAAAAAA